GGAAGUUCCAUCUCAUCAGUAAGAAUGGCAGAAUUGAGAAAAGUGUGGAUGCCCACCAAGGAGCUGCUUUGACUGGACGUUGGAGUUAUGAUGGUGCUGGGUUACUAACUGCUGGUGAAGAUGGCCAAGUUAAAAUUUGGUCUCGAAGUGGAAUGUUACGCUCAACUAUUGUGCAGUCAGACACACCAAUAUAUAGUGCUGCAUGGGGACCAGACUCCAAUCAAGUUCUACACACUUCUGGAAAAAUGUUGAUCAUCAAACAUCUUACUCCAAACAGCAAACCUAAUAAGUGGAGAGCACAUGAUGGCCUUAUAUUGAAAGUGGCAUGGAACCCAAGUAACAAUCUCAUCAUAUCUGGAGGCGAGGAUUGUAGAUACAGAGUGUGGGACAUUUAUGGCAGGCAGUUGUACUGCAGCCAGCUGGAUGAUUACCCAAUUACAUCUAUUUCCUGGGCUCCAGGUGGAGACCUGUUUGCUGUUGGUUCUUAUAACACAUUGAGACUGUGUGACAAAACAGGGUGGUCAUAUUCUUUGGAGAAACCCACCACAGGCAGUAUAUUCAAUAUCACAUGGUCAAGUGAUGGCACCCAAGUUGCUGGGGCUUGCGGCAAUGGGCAUGUAAUCUUUGCUCACAUCAUUGAAAGGAGAUUGGAAUGGAAGAAUUAUGAGGUGACAGUGACGGGCCGCAAGAGUAUCAGUGUACAGAAUGUAAGCAAUGAUGCUUGGGAGAAACUGGAGUUCCCUGAUCGUAUUAUUAAGGUAUCACUGGGGUACAACCACCUGGUGGUGGUCACAUCAUCACAGUGCCACAUAUAUACUACAAAGAACUGGAACACUCCAGUCAUAUUUGACCUGCGUGAAGGUUCUGUCUGUAUGCUCCUUCUGGCUGAGAGGCAUUUCUUAUUGGUGGAGAAAUCUAGCUUGAGUCUAUACAGUUAUGAGGGUCGCUUGCUAUGUUCUCCAAGGUGGCAAGGGAUGCAGCCAGAGACCUUCAACCCAGCAUGUGUCAGUAUCAGCCCUGAUACCAUAGCAGUCAGAGACCAAACAGACGAAAAAUUGGUGCAUUUGUUUGAACUGGGAACAGCACGGUCAUUGGUUGAUGCGCCUCCCAUAAGACAUGGUGGCGGUGUAGUUGAAAUAGCCUUGAACCAAGCUGGAUCACCAGGCGAGCGACAGCUUGUCCUUGUUGACAAAAAUAGAGAUAUGUACCUUACAAACAUAAGGGGUUCUGCAACUUUGAAAAGGCUGUGUAAACUUGGAUCUAUGAUCCAGUCACUGUGUUGGAACAAUGAUACAAAUAUGCUAGCAGCAGUACAGGAUACAAACCUCAUUGUCUGGUAUUAUCCAACUGUACUCUAUGUGGAUAAGCGAUUAGUGAAGAAAACUGUUAGCCAUAGGGAUGCCAGUGAAUUUGGUAAGAAUCCUGUAGUGGUAUCAUUUGAUGGAAAUCAUCUGGGUGUAAGGCGUGUGGAUGGCUCACUUGUGACCAGUAGUGUAUCACCAUAUCCCUCUGUUCUUCAUGGUUAUGCAGCUUCCUCUCGAUGGGAUGAUGCACUCCGCCUCUGUAGAUUUAUCAAGGACUCCACCUUGUGGGCAUGUCUUGCUGCCAUGUCAACACAUGCGAAAGACCUGACUACAGCAGAGGAAGCUUAUGCAGCUAUUGAUGAAACAGACAAAGUUGCAUACAUACAGCACAUUAAGGCAAAUCCACUCCGCACAGUACAGUUAGCGGAGAUGGCAUUACUUGGUGGCAAUAUUCAAGAUGCAGAGAGCAUAUUGCUACAAAAUGGACUCGUGUUUCGAUCCAUUUUCACUAAUUUGCAUUUACACAACUGGAACAGAGCAUUGGAACUAGCCAUUAAACACAAAACACAUGUGGACACAGUUCUCUUCUUUCGCAAGAAAUAUCUGGAAACAUUUGAUAAGCCAGAAACCAAUCUGCAGUUUCUACAGUUUAAAAAUAAGGUGGAACUAGAUGCAGAGAAAAUAGCACAUAAGAUAGAAAUGGAAUAUCAAAAGGAGUUGCAAAAUGGCUGAAGAAACCCCAGAAAUAAGACAACACAAGUGAACAGCAGAUUGUAUUGUGUAUGAUGGUAAUGUUAUAUAUUGCAUAUAAAGAAUUCCAUUUUACACGCAACACUGAAAAUGUUUUUCUAUAUCAAGCAGGAAGAAGUAUAUGUAAGAAGAUGUAAAUUUCUCAUGUAAUUAAAUGUUUCUGAAUAUGUUACAUUUACCUGACCUUAA